GGGGAGGGGAGCUGGAGGCGCGGCUCGGAGAUCAUCACUUAACAGAGGGAGACAAAAUAAUAAUUUCCCUCGUCAUGUGAAAGAGAUGUCAUUUGUCAACAUGUGCGGGGUGACAAAAGCGGCGGCCGCAUAAAGCCCGUGACCGCUCCUUCUGGUCGUCCUGUGAGACGGCGGCGGACGGCAGUCUGACUCAGUGAAAGUGUCACCUUUCCACUCAGUGAACGCCGGCAGUGUGAACUCAGGAGCCAUGAGCGUGUCCGGGAACGACCCGCAGAGUUUACUGUGCUACCAGAGGCCUGAUGAGGAAGUGGUGGUGGACCAGGGAGGAACCAGCUCAGUGAUGAACAUUCACUAUGAGAAAGAGGAGCUGGAAGGACACAGGACUCUGUUUGUGGGGGUUCGGAUGCCGAGGCAGAGCCAUCGGCACCACAAACCCCACGGAUCCCGCCACCGCAAGAAAGAUAAAAGGGCAGGAAGCAUCACGACACAACAGAGCGAGGACAGUGAGGCAGCUGGCAGCAGUCAUGACACACCGUCCCAGCGGGUCCAGUUCAUCCUGGGCACAGAGGAGGAUGCCGAGCACGUGUCCCAUGAGCUGUUCACCGAGCUGGAUGAGAUCUGUGUGAAGGAAGGCAAAGAUGCCGAGUGGAAGGAAACAGCCAGGUGGCUGAAGUUUGAGGAGGAUGUGGAGGACGGUGGAGAGCGGUGGAGCAAGCCGUACGUUGCUACACUUUCCCUUCACAGCUUAUUUGAGCUGCGCAGCUGCAUCAUCAAUGGCAGCGUGCUGCUGGACAUGCGAGCCGACUCCAUUGAGGAGAUAGCAGACAUGGUUCUGGAUCACCAGGAGGCCUCGCACGAACUGGAUGACACCGUCAGAGUUAGGGUGCGUGAAGCUCUGCUGAAGAGACACCAUCACCAAAACGAGAAGAAGAAAAACCUGAUUCCCAUGGUACGCUCCAUCACCGAGGGAGCACGCAAACAGUCUGAGCCUCAAGUAGUAGGGUCCGCCACGUCUCCCCAGCCUCCUCUGCCUAUGGAACCAGCCAAGAACGGUGCUGGACAGGACAGCAGUCAAGUGGACCUCAGUAAGGUUGACCUGCACUUUAUGAAGAAGAUUCCAGAGGGCGCCGAGGCCUCAAAUGUGCUGGUCGGUGUUCUGGACUUCCUGGAGAGGCCCAUUGUUGCGUUUGUACGCCUUUCCCCCGCUGUUCUUCUCACUGGACUCACUGAGGUUCCCAUCCCCACCAGAUUCCUCUUUAUCCUUCUGGGCCCUGAUGGAAAAGCUCAGCAGUACCACGAAAUUGGACGUUCGAUGGCGACCAUUAUGACGGAUGAGAUCUUCCACAACGUAGCGUACAAGGCAAAGGACAGAAGCGACCUGCUAGCAGGGAUAGACGAGUUUCUAGACCAGGUGACUGUCCUGCCACCAGGAGAGUGGGACCCUUCCAUCCGAAUAGAGCCCCCAAAGAACGUCCCCUCUCAGGAGAAGAGGAAAAUGCCCGGAGUCCCCAACGGCACAGCCUUGCAGGAAGAAGAACCACAACAUGCUGAACACCACGGGCCGGAGCUGCAGAGGACAGGAAGGUUGUUCGGCGGCCUCAUACUGGACAUUAAGAGGAAAGCUCCUUUCUAUGUGAGUGACUUCAAGGACGGCAUAAACCUCCAGUGUGUGGCCUCCUUCCUCUUCCUCUACUGCGCCUGCAUGUCUCCUGUCAUCACUUUUGGAGGACUGCUGGGGGAAGCGACUGAAGGACGUAUUAGCGCCAUAGAGUCGUUAUUUGGUGCAUCGAUGACUGGAGUAGCCUACUCUCUGUUCGCUGGGCAGCCUCUCACCAUUCUGGGCAGCACAGGUCCUGUACUGGUUUUUGAGAAGAUACUCUUCAAAUUCUGCAAGGACUACAACCUGUCAUAUUUGUCUCUCCGGGCUUGCAUUGGCCUGUGGACAGCACUGCUGUGUUUUAUAUUAGUGGCCACAGAUGCUAGCUCCCUGGUUUGCUACAUCACUCGGUUCACUGAGGAGGCAUUCGCUGCCCUCAUCUGUCUCAUCUUCAUCUAUGAGGCCUUGGAGAAACUGUUUCACUUGGGGGAACUGUACCCCUUCAAUGCAAAGAGUGAGCUGGACAAACUCACACUAGCAUACUGCAGGUGUUCACAGCCUGAUAAUCCCAGUAAUAAAACCUUGGAGCUGUGGAGCGAGAGAAACGUCACAGUCUCGGUUGUACCCUGGGAAAACCUGACUGUCAAGGAGUGUAUGAGCCUGCAAGGACACUUUGUUGGGACAGCAUGUGGACACCACGGUCCCUUCACCCCAGAUGUUCUCUUCUGGUCCAUCAUCUUGUUUUUUUCAACAUUCUUCAUGUCGGCCUUCCUCAAGCAAUUUAAGACAAGUCGUUAUUUCCCCACCAAGGUGCGGUCUAUGAUCAGUGACUUUGCAGUGUUUCUUACAAUUGUUGUCAUGGUCCUGCUCGACUUUGUCGUUGGAGUGCCAUCCCAAAAGCUGAAGGUGCCAAGCAAAUUCCAGCCUACCAGAGAUGAUCGAGGUUGGUUGAUCAAUCCAAUCGGGCGCAACCCCUGGUGGACAGCCCUGGUCGCAUCUAUUCCCGCUCUUCUCUGCACCAUCCUCAUCUUCAUGGACCAACAGAUAACUGCUGUCAUCAUCAACCGCAAGGAGCACAAACUACUGAAAGGCUGUGGGUACCAUUUAGACCUGCUGAUGGUGGGGGUGAUGCUGGCUGUGUGCUCCAUCAUGGGAUUGCCUUGGUUCGUGGCAGCCACUGUGCUGUCCAUCUCUCAUGUCAACAGCCUGAAACUGGAGUCGGAGAGCGCAGCUCCGGGAGAGCAGCCGCGCUUCCUGGGCAUCAGAGAGCAGCGGCUCACAGGCCUGAUGAUCUUCCUGCUCAUGGGAUGCUCCGUGUUCAUGACUGGAGCCCUGCAGUUUAUUCCUAUGCCUGUAUUGUACGGAGUUUUUCUUUACAUGGGAGCAUCUUCCUUAAAAGGCAUUCAGUUCUUUGACCGCCUACAACUUUUUGGUAUGCCAGCAAAGCACCAGCCAGAUUUCAUCUACCUGAGACACGUCCCUUUGAGAAAGGUGCAUCUGUUCACUGUGACUCAGCUCACCUGUCUGGUUCUACUCUGGGUCAUUAAGACCUCCCCUGCUGCGAUCAUCUUCCCCAUGAUGGUCCUGGCUCUGGUUUUUAUCCGGAAGCUGCUGGACUUGUGCUUCUCGAAACGAGAGCUGAGCUACCUCGACGACUUGAUGCCUGAGUGGAAGAAGAAAAACCUGGAUGACGCUUCCAAAAAAUUGGAAGAGGAAUCGCAAGAAAUGCUGAGCUUGAAAAGAGAUGAAUCAGCUACUGUUCAGAUUACUAUGGAGGGAAGCAGAAUUGUUCAAAAAGCACAUGAUCCCAAGUGUGAUCCCUCUGAUAUUAACAUAUCUGAUGAAAUGUCUAAAACCACUGUGUGGAAAUCCCUCAACUCCAAUCAAAAGGACAUUCGUCCUUUGGCUGCUAAAAAGGAUUGAAGGGAUCACGUUCAUUGAUGAGUGAAGACAUUCAGCUGAGUCAUCUUGCUGUAGUUCUGGACCACCGGAGGCCACAGGUUGACCAAACCCAAACAGCCUCUUCAGAGCUUACAGAAAAAAACUGCAUCAGCCACAAACAUACAGAGAAAGUCAACUGAGCUGUACACAUCACAAGAGGUACAAGACUGGCAGAAGGGCCAAAUGAGCUAUCAUUUUGGUGGGAAACGUUCAGUAAAAUAGAAAAAAUUAGGAAAGUACAAACAGACUGGGAACCCACAACACAAGAGCCAAAAAUCCCCAAAAAACUGACCAUAAAACAUUAUUAGUUAAGAAAUUAUAUCUAGAGAUUGAUUGAGUGAUUGAUCAAUCUAUUUUUCUGGUUUGAAGCUUUAAGAGACAGUAAAGAUAGGGAAGAGCGUGAAGAGAUACACUUCAGUAUUACCUAAAUUAUCCCCAUACCAUCAACGUUUUAAAAACGGUUAACUUUCAGUACAGCUUUUAAAGAGGCAGUGCCAUGUAUUUUCCAGGCACAUUUUACAGAAAAUCAAGUAUCUAUGAUAACUUCAGUUGCUAUAAAAAUGAUGUAUAUCAGAUAUGACUGAAAAGAAAUUUGGGUAAUCUCCUACAUAAACACAACUUAGCCAGAAACAUAUUUAAGCCCUAGAAAAAUAACUGGAUGACCUCUGGUUGACCUUGAAAUUGAUCUGCUCAAAGUGUACACGGCUUUCAUUCACUAUGUGACCACACUGGAAACAUUCUUCCCAAAUUUGGGAACUCAUUCAACAAAUCACAAUAAUAACUCAAUCCAACUUCCGUUUGUAGAAAUACGCAACUAAAACAAACUUUGCUCUCUGUUUUCAGUCAAAACAAUUCAAAGCCAGAUCAUUCAAUCUGCUAUGAUCACUGUCCUUUUCUUCUUUAUUGUUGUCAUUUAAUUGGUAGAUUUUAAAAUGUUUUUAAAUGUUGAAACUGAAAGGUGCCAAAGGUAAAAAGCCACCUCAGUGCUACCAAUUCAGCUUAUUUUUUAAUUCUCAUCUUUUCCCUUUUAUUGUCUUUUUAAUAGUGACUAUGUAGGUUGGAGGAUGUUCUGCACAAUGUCUUGUCAUGUAUUUUAUUUUAUUUUCAUUUGAACUCAGACAAGAUUAUGAAUGCAUCAAAAAGGGACUUUAGAUGGAGUCAGGUCCCCUGUUGUUUUUAAAGGUGUGUAAUAUUUUAUUUUUUUUAAUGCGCUUCAGGAUAUUUUGAGCAAUAAUUUAGUCUUAGUUUUGACCUCAAUUGGCCAAAACUCAGUUUUUGAUUUAUUUUAUGAGUGCUGUCUUGGUUUUCCCAUUUUUGGUGUUCUUGUCUUUUUUCCUGUAAGAAGUUAAAUACAAAAAAAAAAGAAAAGUUUUUUAGUUGAAAGAGGAUAAAACACCAGCUGCACAGAGAUAAAAGAGGCCUUUCUGCUUCUGUUGCAUUUGUUUCAGGAUGUCCUGAAACAUUUAAAACUUAGAUAAUACAAUUUGACCUAAAUGUCUUUUUUUAUUAGUACAUUUAUAUUCGAAAUUUAUUAAUUAACUUUAUUUAAGCUAUGUUCCCCCAAUUUAUUAUUGGCACCUUAAGAGACGCAGAUAGAUUAUUGGUGGAAACAAUAAUCUACAGUAAUACUUAUUUAUGUGCACUUUCUGUAGAUAGACGAUAUAUUUAUUCUCUUAUGAUAUUCUGAGCAAAUUAUUUUACAAAAAAUACAGCUCUUUAUUUUUAGAUGUGAAAUGAUAUGUUAUUCUUUAUAUUUUAUGUAUAUUCUGUAACAAGGAAGAGGAGAGAAAGGCUGAGGAAAGCGCGUAUCUGUCUAAUGGAGAUCAAAAAUAACAGCUGAGAAAAAUGGAAGCUUUACUUUUCUCUACAGUGCCUUGCAAAACACAAACUUACAUCUUAGGUGACACAGCAACACAAAGUAAUGCAUAAUUAUAUAGUAGAACAAAGAGACAAAUGGUUGCAAUGUUUUCUUUUACAAUUUCACGGCUGAGAAGUGGGACUUGUGACUGUAUCCAGCCCUUUUUACGAACUACCUCUGAAAAAAUCAGUGUGUAAUUGCCUUUAGGAGUCAACUAACUAAAUGCCAUCCAUCCAUCCACCCAUUUUCUAACACCCUUGUCCCUAGUGGGAUCGGGAGGGGUGCUGGUGCCUAUCUGCAGUGAACGUUUCGGGCGAAAUCCUGGACAGGUCGCCAGUCUGUCACGAAACAAUGUGGGAGGUGAAAGGAAAAGGGACUUUUCCUGACUGGAAAUCAAACCCAGGCCGCGGCGGUGAGAGCGCCGAAUCCUGACCACUAGACCAUCAGGGAUCUUAGAUAAGGAUGCUGUUUGGUGUUUCUCCCAACAUAAUAGAGAACACAGUAAAUAUGUGGAAUAAUGUGUUUGUCUCAGAUGAAACCUAAACGAAUCUUUUUGGGACUUUAUGCAAAACUAUGUUUAUGGUGGUUAACUAAAACAUCACAUCACCUUGAAAACACCACUGCCUGUGUAGUCAAUGGUAGUGGCAGCAUCAUAAUGUGGGGGGUGUUUUUCUUGAGCUGAUGCCAGGAAACUGUAGAUGGAAAGAUGGAAAGACUGACUCUUUGUAGAACAAAUAUUUAUAACACAAAUAUGAAUUUGUGUUAUAAGAACACAAAUUUGUGUUAUAUGAACACAUUUUCAUAUAACAUUUCCCAGAUUUUUAGUUGUAAACAUGUUGAAAGCCGUGUAUCAUUUAUGUUGGUAUAUCACAUACAGGUCCAAUAAAAUAUACUGCAGUUUCUGACUGUUGAGUGAUAAAAUGUGAGGCUAUGAAUACUUUUGCAAGGCAAUGUAGAGAGACUUAAAGCAAUCCAUAUUACCUAGACAAAAAACACAAGGUUUGCACUUAAGAAUAAAUUAAAAUGGAGAAUAUAAAGAUAAAAGGGUACAUUAUCAAAGAACUGCUGUAUUAAUAUUAAAACUAUUCCAUAAAAUCUCUAAAAUACAAUGUAUGUCUGCUGACAAUGUGCAAAAUAUAAUUGAAUUAAUAUUAUCCCGUGUAUUAUUUUGCAGCCACGCCUUGGAUUCUUUCUUUUUCUUUAAAGCAAAGUGCACAAGUAAUUAAUUAAAAUACCUCUUCCAAAAAAGGCACUAACGAGCAUUUUGUACAGCGCUUUCAUGCAACUCUGCUUUGAGUCUGUCAGACUUCUGAAUGUGAAAGGUUAUCAAGCAAUGACCCAAAACUAACUUAAUCAAAAGCAUGAAUGAAACAUCAAAGUGUAAAUAUAUGUACAAAACCAUAGAGUUGUUACCCAAGCUAAAACCAUGAGAUGUGCAAUAGUGUGAAAUCGCAGUUAAACAUUUUGAGUUUAAAGGAUGUAAAUGAGCUUCAAUAGUAGAAUUAUGAGGAAAAAUGCAAUUUCAAUGUGUCUUAAACUUGGCUCCUAUUUCAUUAUUAUGUGGUUGUAAGGUGAAUAAACAGUAAACUGCCUUUAGAAUAUUAUUGGUUAACUAUAUAUGCAGUCAUGGUAGAAAGAAAGUACACCCUCUGUCAGUUCUAGGGCUUUCGGGUGUAAAUGAGCUGGCCUUUAACGGGUUGUAUAGUUCUUUGAAUCCAAAUGCAAGUUUCCUAAAACACACCAUAAAGAUUCCUCCACAUCAUUCUUCAUUAGACAAAGACAACACAGAAAUGGAAAAAAACUGUGAGAAUUGAAGUAAGUCUUAAAAACCCUGAGAGAUCCUGAGCCAAGCAAAAUUGACCUCUGCUUAAGUUGGAGAAAUAAAAUUUACACGAUAAUUGGUUAAUAAUAACCAAUUAUUCAACAUAUCAUAGCUAACAUUCUUGUUAGCUAUGAUAACAAAAAUGGUCACAGCUAGAAAGCUAUGUUACCAAGUCAUAAUUAAAAACUAAUUUAAUGUUUUUGGGGGAUUGUCUCUGACUGGGGUAAGCAUUUUAUUCUUAUUGCCUGAAUUUAUUUACAGUUAUUAAACAAAUAAACAUUUAUGUUUUUGAGAGAUUGGUCAUGAAGAAAUACCCUAUACAGGUAUUUAACAUGACUACAGAUAACUUUGCACACUAGAUGGCAGCAUAAUGCAUGACUAAAUAUGUUGCUUGUUAUGUGCUAAAUGUGCAUCAUCAGGCAUUAGUGGUAUACAUUCCACACAUUGACUGUAUGGUGGUUGAAUAUGGCAAAUUUAAGUUCAACAAAGAGGAAAAAAAGGAAAUGACUGUUUAUCAAUUUACAAUUUAUUUGAAAUUCUCUAAAUCGGAACUUUUUAUCAUGCUGUAUCAAGAUGAAAUUGACACACAUUUUUAAAUAACCAGUAUUAAAGAUAUUCAUGAUUGUUGAGCUUUCAUAAAACUAAAGAAAACUGAUUCAGUCUUUACUUAAGAAAAAAAUAGAAAACCAAAACAAGUGCAUAAUCAUAAAAGAGCUACAACUGUUUGGGCAAACUUAGAAAACAUUUUGUUUUGAGUUCAUCAAACAAUAUCACACCAUAAUCUUUACACAAAGACAGGUGUUGAUUUCUCACCCUUUUGUCCUGCAACUAUUAAUAAAAUUAUCUCACUCUGUUUUGAGUAUAGUGGCUGGGCAGACUUGCUUUUAGAGCCAGCAGCAUAACCUCAACACAAUCAGUUGUUCUUGGCCCUUGUUGCACCUAGUUGUCAUGGAAACGCUGAUUUGUUAAAUAAGGAAGCGAUGGCUGUUUUCGAUCAAAUUUGGCCACAACUGUGGAACGUAAAUGAAUAAACCCGUCAUGUUGGGUUCCAGCUUCUUAACCCACAUACAGAACAGGAAUCAGAUCAAGUUUAUUUAAACACAAUGAAAAGGUUGGUAGAGUGGAUCUGAUCCUUGGGGCAGGUUCACGGAGUACACACUAAAGAACAGCAAAGGGAGAUGGUGAGUUUGUGGUUUUCAGAAAUGGAUACCUCGAGAGUUAUUAGACUGAUCUUACUUGACGAUUACUUCCACCAAGAAGAGGGGAAACUGCGGGUUCGUGGUUCCUUUGUGGGUGUCUUUGAGGUGAUCCAGGUUCCAGAGAGUGAGCUCGGCUAGUUUGUUCCGGGUGAUGAUGUGGAGGCUGCGGCGGAGGGCGGACAGGUAAGCUCAGGCGUGGAGGAAAACAGAGGAACGGUCUGACUGCCAGCUGGGAAAUCCAGGAAUGGUUCAUGGUAAAUCUAAAGAGGCGAAGAUGAGACUCGGGCAACCAGUGGGUAACAUCCACGGCGUCACGAGGGAGAAAAUCCAGAAAGCCAGAACUAGGGCUUCACAGGGAAUAUUCCACGGCGUCACGAGGAAACACCUGAGAGAGAGAGAGGCAACAAGAGUUGAUUACUAAGAGUAACUUCUCGGGAAAACACAGAGCGCUAUCUCAGGGAGGCUCAGAGUACCAUUACUGGCAAACACUCAAGCGAUGAGGUGCUGGCAGUCUGCUCCUCUUAAGCGCCAGGAUGAUUGGGUGAUGAGUCACAGGUGCGCUGGCAGUCAGCUGCACGCCCCUCCAGGAGUGCAACCUCUACCACCAUCUGGUGGAUGAAGGAUGAAGCAGCAAGCGAACAGAGAAAAAACCCACAAAGACCAAAACCCCAGUUCCCAACAAAACCGCUGUGGAAGGUGAGCCCCCCCCAUAUAAAAUACUUUGUAAGACUUCAUUAUUUUUAGCUGGAUCAAAAAACACAUUAAACCAUUUAAAGGCGGUUUACUUUCUACUCACCAUGACUGCACAGGACAUGUGACCAAGGGAGAUAACGCAUUUAGAUAGAUGUGAGUUUAAAUCUAUUUUGAGUACAUCUGUGCCUGUAAUGGAUGUUCUCUGUUGUGUUUACAUCCAAGCAAAAGCACACCUUCAGUCAGUAAUGAAGUACCUGCUUUCAGAAAACAUUUCUACUUAGUCACAUUUCGGAUUAUUGUAAUCAAACCUUCAUUCACAAUCCUGUAGCCACUAUAGUUUUUGAGCAGAAGAAAAAGAAUCCCUACACAAUGUAGGGCUAUGACCUUCUGGAGAACUGAUGAGGUCAGUAGGAGGACAAGGUGGCAACAGAGCAAUGAGAAGUGAGAAGAUGCAGUGAAAGAGAAGCACCUGUUCUGCAGUAACCUUGUGUGUACUCUGAUUUGAGCCACAAUGAAUGUGAUGUCUUCUGUUGGAAUAAUAAUGUUUUUCUAUGUAUCUGUAAUUUAAUUUUUAAUUACAGCAAAAUGGAAAAUAAACCGAAACUGCAAUAUGAA